AUGGGUGGAGUUUCACCUGUCUUAUUGCUGGCAGCCAUUUUUUUACCCGGAGUGCUAGCACAGGUUCCUACGGUGACCAUUGCCCAGACAAGCUUUGGUGCCCAGGUGUCAACUACAAUUACACUUGGCUGUACGGUGUCCUCUGUAACAACUGUUACCAAUGUGUUCUGGCAACGUGAUGUUGGAUCUGGAACACAGACCAUUACUGUUGAUGGAGUCAACUUCUCAGGAUCAAGUGUAUCAACUCCAUCCCUGACAAUUAUUGAUGCUGUCACCUCUGAUUCCGGGUCAUACACAUGCUUUGCUGUCAACUCUGCAGGAACAGGAAACAGUGAAACUGCCUCUGUCACUGUUUCCACAUCGGUGCCUAGUGUGACAAUUGGACAGACUGCCUACAGUACUAAUACUGGUAACAGUAUAACACUGCUGUGUACGGUAUCAUCAACAACAACAGUGACAAACGUCUUCUGGCAAAGGAUCAUUAGUGGAGUUACCUCUACUAUAACCAUUGACAAUGUAAACUUCUCAGGAGCUUCAGUCGGCACUCCAUCUCUGACUGUCCUCAACGCUGAUUCUAGUGACUCUGGACUCUACAUCUGUUUUGCCACCAACUCGGCUGGAACUGGACAGAGUGCUCAAACUCAACUGACUGUUUCUGGAGCUGUCCCCACUGUGACAAUUUCUCAGACUGCCUACAGCACCAGCACAGGAAACAGUAUCACCUUGGGAUGUACCGUGUCAGCCAACCCCGCCCACACCUCAGUUUUCUGGCAACGUAAUGUUGGUUCUGGAACACAGUCCAUCACCAUUGAUGGUAUCAACUACUCUGGAUCUUCGGUCAAUUCUCCAUCCCUGACAGUUAUCAAUGCUGAUACCAGUGACACUGGAACCUACACUUGUUUCGCCUCCAACUCAGUAGGAACUGGACAGAGUGCUGCCACCACACUGACGGUCUCUGGAAAUGUUCCAACUGUGACCAUUUCUCAGACUGCCUACAGCACCAGCACAGGAAACAGUAUCACCUUGGGAUGUACUGUGUCUGCCAACCCCGCCCACACCUCAGUGUUCUGGCAACGUAAUGUUGGUUCUGGAACACAGUCCAUCACCAUUGAUGGUAUCAACUACUCUGGAUCUUCGGUCAAUUCUCCAUCCCUGACAGUUAUCAAUGCUGAUACCACUGACACUGGAACCUACACCUGUUUCGCCUCCAACUCAGUAGGAACUGGACAGAGUGCUUCCACCACACUGACAGUCUCUGGAAAUGUUCCCACUGUGACAAUUUCUCAGACUGCCUACAGCACCAGCACAGGAAACAGUAUCACCUUGGGAUGUACCGUGUCAGCCAACCCCGCCCACACCUCAGUGUUCUGGCAACGUAAUGUUGGUUCUGGAACACAGUCCAUCACCAUUGAUGGUGUCAACUACUCUGGAUCUUCGGUCAAUUCUCCAUCCCUGACUGUGAUCAAUGCUGAUACCAGUGACACUGGAACCUACACCUGUUUCGCCACCAACUCAGUAGGAACUGGACAGAGUGCUGCCACUACACUGACAGUCUCUGGAAAUGUCCCCACUGUGACAAUUUCUCAGACUGCCUACAGCACCAGCACAGGAAACAGUAUCACCUUGGGAUGUACCGUGUCUGCCAACCCCGCCCACACCUCAGUUUUCUGGCAACGUAAUGUUGGUUCUGGAACACAGUCCAUCACCAUUGAUGGUAUCAACUACUCUGGAUCUUCGGUCAAUUCUCCAUCCCUGACUGUUAUCAAUGCUGAUGCCACUGACACUGGAACCUACACCUGUUUCGCCACCAACUCAGUAGGAACUGGACAGAGUGCUGCCACCACACUGACAGUUACUGGAACUGUCCCCACUGUGACAAUUUCUCAGACUGCCUACAGCACCAGCACAGGAAACAGUAUCACCUUGGGAUGUACCGUAUCUGCCAACCCCGCCCACACCUCAGUGUUCUGGCAACGUAAUGUUGGUUCUGGAACACAGUCCAUCACCAUUGAUGGUAUCAACUACUCUGGAUCUUCGGUCAAUUCUCCAUCCCUGACUGUUAUCAAUGCUGAUACCAGUGACACUGGAACCUACACCUGUUUCGCCACCAACUCAGUAGGAACUGGACAGAGUGCUGCCACCACACUGACAGUCACAGGAAAUGUCCCCACUGUGACCAUUUCUCAGACUGCCUACAGCACUUCCACAGGAAACAGUAUCACCUUGGGAUGUACCGUGUCUGCCAACCCCGCCCACACCUCAGUGUUCUGGCAACGUAAUGUUGGUUCUGGAACACAGUCCAUCACCAUUGAUGGUAUCAACUACUCUGGAUCUUCGGUCAAUUCUCCAUCCCUGACAGUUAUCAAUGCUGAUACCAGUGACACUGGAACCUACACCUGUUUCGCCUCCAACUCAGCAGGAACUGGACAGAGUGCUUCCACCACACUGACAGUUACUGGAAAUGUUCCAACUGUGACCAUUUCUCAGACUGCCUACAGCACCAACACAGGAAACAGUAUCACCUUGGGAUGUACCGUGUCAGCCAACCCCGCCCACACCACCGUGUUCUGGCAACGUAAUGUUGGUUCUGGAACACAGUCCAUCACCAUUGAUGGUGUCAACUACUCUGGAUCUUCGGUCAAUUCUCCAUCCCUGACUGUUAUCAAUGCUGAUACCAGUGACACUGGAACCUACACCUGUUUCGCCACCAACUCAGUAGGAACUGGACAGAGUGCUGCCACCACACUGACAGUCACAGGAAAUGUUCCAACUGUGACCAUUUCUCAGACUGCCUACAGCACCAACACAGGAAACAGUAUCACCUUGGGAUGUACCGUGUCUGCCAACCCCGCCCACACCACCGUGUUCUGGCAACGUAAUGUUGGUUCUGGAACACAGUCCAUCACCAUUGAUGGUGUCAACUACUCUGGAUCUUCGGUCAAUUCUCCAUCCCUGACUGUUAUCAAUGCUGAUACCAGUGACAGUGGAACCUACACCUGUUUUGCCACCAACUCAGUAGGAACUGGACAGAGUGCUGCCACCACACUGACAGUUACUGGAACCAUCCCAGUUGUAACCAUCAGCCAGAACGCCUACAGCAUUGCCACAGGAAACAGUAUCACCUUGGGAUGUACCGUGUCUGCCAACCCCGCCCACACCACCGUGUUCUGGCAACGUAAUGUUGGUUCUGGAACACAGUCCAUCACCAUUGAUGGUGUCAACUACUCUGGAUCUUCGGUCAAUUCUCCAUCCCUGACUGUUAUCAAUGCUGAUACCAGUGACACUGGAACCUACACCUGUUUCGCCACCAACUCAGUAGGAACUGGACAGAGUGCUGCCACCACACUGACAGUUACUGGAAAUGUCCCCACUGUGACCAUUACCCAGAAUGCCUACAGCACCAGCACAGGAAACAGUAUCACCUUGGAAUGUACCGUGUCUGCCAACCCCGCCCACACCUCAGUGUUCUGGCAACGUAAUGUUGGUUCUGGAACACAGUCCAUCACCAUUGAUGGUAUCAACUACUCUGGAUCUUCGGUCAAUUCUCCAUCCCUGACUGUUAUCAAUGCUGAUACCAGUGACACUGGAACCUACACCUGUUUUGCCUCCAACUCAGUAGGAACUGGACAGAGUUCUGCCACCACACUGACAGUCACAGGAAAUAUCCCUGUUGUAACCAUCAGCCAGAAUGCCUACAGCACCAACACAGGAACAACCAUCACCUUGGGAUGUACCGUGUCUGCCAACCCCGCCCACACCACCGUGUUCUGGCAGCGUAAUGUUGGUUCUGGCACAGAAUCUAUCACUGUUGAUGGUGUCAACUACUCUGGAUCUUCGGUCAAUUCUCCAUCCUUGACGGUUCUCAAUGCUGAUACCACUGACACUGGAACCUACACCUGUUUCGCCACCAACUCAGUAGGAACUGGACAGAGUGCUGCCACUACACUGACAGUUACUGGAAAUAUCCCAGUAGUAACCAUCAGCCAGAAUGCCUACAGCACCAACACAGGAACAACCAUCACCUUGGGAUGUACUGUGUCUGCCAACCCCGCCCACACCACUGUGUUCUGGCAACGUAAUGUUGGUUCUGGCACAGAAUCUAUCACUAUUGAUGGUGUCAACUACUCUGGAUCUUCGGUCAAUUCUCCAUCCCUGACUGUUAUCAAUGCUGAUACCAGUGACACUGGAACCUACACCUGUUUCGCCACCAACUCUAUAGGAACUGGACAGAGUUCUUCCACCACACUGACAGUCACAGGAAAUAUCCCUGUUGUAACCAUCAGCCAAAAUGCCUACAACACCAACACUGGAACAACCAUCACCUUGGGAUGUACCGUGUCUGCCAACCCCGCCCACACCACUGUGUUCUGGCAGCGUAAUGUUGGUUCUGGCACAGAAUCUAUCACCAUUGAUGGUGUCAACUACUCUGGAUCUUCGGUCAAUUCUCCAUCCCUGACGGUUAUCAAUGCUGAUACUAGUGACACUGGAACCUACACCUGUUUUGCCACCAACUCAGUAGGAACUGGACAGAGUUCUGCCACCACACUGACAGUCACAGGAAAUGUCCCAGUAGUUACUAUCAGCCAAAAUGCCUACAACACCAACACUGGAACAACCAUCACCUUGGGAUGUACCGUGUCUGCCAACCCCGCCCACACCACCGUGUUCUGGCAGCGUAAUGUUGGUUCUGGCACAGAAUCUAUCACCAUUGAUGGUGUCAACUACUCUGGAUCUUCAGUCAAUUCUCCAUCCCUGACGGUUAUCAAUGCUGAUAUCAAUGACAGUGGAACCUACACCUGUUUUGCCACCAACUCAGUAGGAACUGGACAGAGUUCUGCCACCACACUGACAGUCUCAGGAAAUAUCCCAGUAGUAACCAUCAGCCAGAAUGCCUACAGCACCAACACAGGAACAACCAUCACCUUGGGAUGUACCGUGUCUGCCAACCCCGCCCACACCACCGUGUUCUGGCAGCGUAAUGUUGGUUCUGGCACAGAAUCUAUCACCAUUGAUGGUGUCAACUACUCUGGAUCUUCGGUCAAUUCUCCAUCCCUGACUGUUAUCAAUGCUGAUACCACUGACACUGGAACCUACACCUGUUUCGCCACCAACUCAGUAGGAACUGGACAAAGUUCUUCCACAACACUGACAGUCACAGGAAAUAUUCCAACUGUGACAAUUACCCAGAAUGCCUACAGCAUCACCACAGGAAACAGCAUCACACUUGAAUGUACCGUUUCUGCCAACCCCGCCCACACCACAGUGUUCUGGCAACGUAAUGUUGGUUCUGGAACACAGUCCAUCACUAUUGAUGGUGUUAACUACUCUGGAUCUUCAGUCAAUUCUCCAUCCCUGACUGUUAUCAAUGCUGAUACCACUGACACUGGAACCUACACCUGUUUCGCCACCAACUCAGUAGGAACUGGACAGAGUUCUGCCACCACACUGACAGUCACAGGAACCAUCCCAGUUGUAACCAUCACCCUGAACGCUUACAGCACCAACACAGGAACGAGCAUCACCUUGGGAUGUACCGUGUCUGCCAACCCCGCCCACACCUCAGUGUUCUGGCAACGUAAUGUUGGUUCUGGCACAGAAUCUAUCACCAUUGAUGGUGUCAACUACUCUGGAUCUUCAGUCAAUUCUCCAUCCCUGACGGUUAUCAAUGCUGAUAUCAGUGACAGUGGAACCUACACCUGUUUCGCCACCAACUCUAUAGGAACUGGACAGAGUGCUGCCACCACACUGACAGUCACAGGAAAUAUCCCAGUAGUAACCAUCAGCCAGAAUGCCUACAACACCAACACAGGAACGAGCAUCACCUUGGGAUGUACCGUGUCUGCCAACCCUGCCCACAACACUGUGUUCUGGCGGCGUAAUGUUGGUUCUGGCACACAGGACAUAUCCAUUGAUGGUGUGAACUUCUCCGGGUCCACGGUCAAUUCUCCAUCCCUGACUGUGAUCAAUGCUAACAUAGCUGACUCUGGUUCCUACAUUUGCUUUGCCUCCAACUCCGUAGGAACUGGACAGAGUACUGCUACAACUCUAACAGUGUCUGGAAAUGUGCCAGUGGUAACUGUAGACCAAGCCUCGUACACAGUAUCUACAGGACAAGCUGUAACACUUGGCUGCUCUGUCUCUGCCGUCCCAACUCACACCAGUGUCACAUGGCAACGUUUCGUCAAUGGUGUGUCUACCACCAUUAAUAUUGAUGGUGUGAAAUAUGCCGGAUCGACUGUCAACUCUCCAUCUCUGACCAUUUUCAAUGCUGCCGCCAGUGACCAAACUGUGUACACGUGUUCUGCUACCAACAUUGUAGGGACAGGAACCAGCUCCCAGACAUCUCUAAAUGUAGUAGGAAGUCUGCCAGUUGUCACGGUUGCCCAGACUAGCUACACAGUAACAACUGGUGGCACCAUCACUUUGGUCUGUACCGUUAGUGCCACUCCUGCAGCUACCACAGUAUCCUGGCGACGAUUGAUAGGAGGUGUGUCGACAGCCAUCAAUGUUGGUGGCAACAAGUACUCUGGAGUGUCCCUUUCUGAUCCUUCUUUGACCAUCAGCAACUCUCAAAGUAGUGACGAAGGAUUCUACAUCUGUCAGGCAACGAAUGUCGUUGGAACUGGAGAGAGUAGUACUACAUAUCUCACAGUCAGUGGAAGUAUACCUGUGGUCACCAUUCCCCAGAACACCUACAAUGUCCUCACUGGUGGUUCUGUUGUGAUCGACUGUGCUAUUUCUGCUAUUCCAACACACACAUCUGUCACAUGGAACAGAGUUUCAUCAGGCGGCGUAACAUCUGUGAUCCAGAUUGAUGGUGUCAACUACAGUGGAGGAACUGUCAACAGUCCAUCCUUGAGCGUCAAUAACGCUGACAACAGUGAUAUAGGGUUCUAUGUCUGUACAGCCACAAACAGUAUUGGAACAGGCACUAGCAACCAGGCUUACCUUUCUGUUACUGGAGCCCCACCGACAGCCACUGUAGCUCAGACAUCCUACUCCAUCGUCACUGGAGCAUCCAUCACUCUGCAGUGCUCAGUAUUUGGGACACCUGCUGUAACUAGUGUCUCCUGGACAAGGACCUACACUAAUGGUGUAAGCUCCACAAUUAGUGUUGCUGGACAAAAGUAUUCUGGCUCAACGGUCAGCAACCCCUCCCUGACCAUCUUUAAUGCUGAUUCCAAUGACCAGGCAUCCUACAUUUGUACGGCCACCAACUCGCUAGGAUCUGGCCAGAGUCAAGCCGUGUCGCUAUCCGUUACUGGAAAUCCACCAACUGUGACAGUGAGUCAGACUCAGUAUACAGUGAUUACUGGAGCCUCGGUGACACUGCAGUGUUCCGUGACAGCUAUCCCAGCAGCCACCAAUGUUUUCUGGGAAAGAACCGUCAAUGGUGUUACAAGUCAGCUGGCCAUUGAUCAGGUCCAGUAUGGAGGAUCAUCAAUCAAUUCUCCGUCACUCAUCGUCUAUAACGCCAACAGUGCUGAUAGUGGAGUAUAUGUCUGCAAAGCCACAAAUAGUGUGGGUACUGGCCAGAGUCAGGGUGUCACAAUAUCAGUCACAGGGUCUGUGCCCGUUGUCAAUAUACAACAAGCUACCUACACUGUGAACACAGGCUCCUCAGUAACACUUGAAUGUACUGUGUCCGCAACUCCACAGGCCAACUCCGUCACUUGGCGCAGGAAUAUUAACGGUGUGUCUUCGAUAAUCAGUAUCAAUGGGGGCAAGUACAACGGUGGUUCUGUCACCUCCCCAAGUCUGGUCAUUUACACCACAAGUAGCAGUGACAUUGGUUAUUACACUUGUGAGGCCACCAAUGCUGUCGGCACAGGGACCAGCACUGAUACCUACCUGGAUGUCGUCGGAUCCCUACUGACUGUUCAGGUGCCUCAGUCCUUCUACACUGUACAGAGAGGCCAGUCUGUUACGCUUGAGUGUAUAGUGUCUGGAACACCAGCUGUAACAUCUGUUACAUGGAGACGUACCUCAGGUGGAAUCACCGACAAUGUCAUUAUUGACAACAGCAAAUACCAGGGGUCAAACAUCAACAGUCCGUCUCUGAUCAUAAACAAUGCUGACAGUGUUGACACUGGCACUUAUGUGUGUACUGCCACAAACAGCAUUGGAACUGCGACAAGUUCACAGACUACACUGUCUGUUACUGGAGAGAUCCCAACUGUAACCAUACCCGUCUCGUCCUACGAUGUUGUGACAGGAUCAUCCAUCACCAUCACAUGCUCAGUAUCAGCCAACCCUCCGCAUACCUCUGUAUCAUGGACUAGGGCAAAUAACAUCAACAGUUCACCAGUAUCCAUCGUUAUUGAUGGCACCACCUACAGUGGUGGUUCCGUCAACAGCCCGUCGCUCACCAUCAACAGUGCCAGUGCCUCAGAUCAAGGCUAUUAUGUUUGCCGAGCCACCAACAGUAUUGGAACUGGGACUAGUGGGCAGAGUUAUCUCACAGUUACAGGAGCCUUGCCGUCCGUGACCAUCCCAUCAAAUGCCUACUCUGUGAUCACUGGUGGGAGCAUUCAGAUCCCUUGUACAGUUGUGGCCAGUCCAUCUGCUAGCAGCGUAACCUGGACAAAAUCUUCCGGUACCAACACUGCAAUUUCAAUAAUCACGAUUGACAACACAAAGUACCAGGGAGGCAACCCGAGUGUACCAACCCUCACCAUCACCAAUGCUAAUUCUAAUGACCAGGCCUACUACAGGUGUUCUGCUGCCAACAGUGUCGGCACAGCUGAAAGUAUCAUUACCUUCCUCACCGUCUCCGGAAACAUCCCAACUGUAACAAUUGGACAGGCCCAAUACAACACAUUGCUGGGAACCUCUGUCACUAUUGACUGUACUGUAUCAGCAAACCCACAGGCUACAAGUGUUGCAUGGGAGCGUGUAAUCGGUGGAGUGACCACCACCAUCACCAUUGACGGUACAAAGUUUGUUGGUUCUUCUGUCAACAACCCAUCUCUAACUAUAACGGAUGCCUCAACAGAUGACAUGGGUUACUAUGUGUGUACAGCUGUAAACAGUGUCGGUGUUGGCCGAAGUUCACAGGGAUAUCUCACUGUUGAUGGAUUGGUGCCUGCUGUUGUGAUCAGUAGACCAUCUUAUUCCUUCGUCGUUGGUGAAACAGCUGUCAUUGACUGUGACUACAGUUCUUCUCCUGAUGCUACAUCUGUAUACUGGAACAAGAUUGUGGACACACAAACAACUCGCAUUAGCACUUUGAACACCAACAAAUACAGUGGCUCCACCCUGGCUAACCCCUCACUUACUAUUACCUCGACAGACAGUAGUGACCAGGCCUUCUAUCGCUGUGUUGUGGUCAACAGCGUUGGCGAGGGUCGCAGUAACCAGGCCUACCUCUACAUCACAGGAAAUAUUCCAUCAGUGACUGUUCCCCAGAGUUCCUACAGUGUAUCACUGGAUGACACUGCCACCAUCACAUGUACCGUAUCUGCUAUACCUUCUGCUACCAGUGUCACUUGGGAGUACAUCAAUGCUAAUGGUGUUGUCAGUAACGUAAACGUGGCUGACUCUAGAAUUAGUGGCGGUAUUGUCUCCAACCCAUCCCUGGUCAUCUCUGGUGCCACACUUAGUGACCAGGGCACCUACAGGUGUAAGGCUACAAAUGCUGUUGGCACCGGACAGAGUCAGCAAGUCUACCUGUAUGUUACUGGCACUACUCCUUCUGUGCGUGUGACGGUUUCGGCCUACACUGUUGACGUUGACACCAGUGCCACACUCGCGUGUAUCGUGGAUGCCUCUCCAGCUGCUACCUCUGUAUAUUGGACCAAAAUUGUGGAUGGCGUGUCUUCAACUAUCAGUACCAGUAGCAACAAGUAUGAUGGCUCCACCCCAGGAUCCCCAUCCCUGAUCAUCAACAACCUGGACAUGAGUGACGAGGGAAGCUACCGAUGUAACGCUGUCAACACUGUUGGCACAGGGCAGAGUGGUCUCACCUCUCUUAUUGUCGCCUAUGCUCCAAGGAACACAGUGGUGAACCCCACAUCUCUCACAACCAGAGAAGGACAGUCAGCAACUUCCGAGUGUAUUACAGAUGCCAACCCUGCUGCCACCUUCCAGUGGGUCAAGGACAAUACCAACCAGGUUGUGUCUGUAGGCAAAAUGCUUAGCAUUGAAAACAUCGACCGUGGUCAUGACAGCACCUACACAUGUACUGCCACCAACAGUCAAGGUUCACAGACAGCAAGGUUCAAUCUGGAUGUACAAUAUAAGCCUAUCAGCACUGUAACUGCUGCCCAGGCAGCUGUAGUAUUGAGUCUGAACGCCCAGAGGGAUCUUGAAUGUAACACUGUGGCUAACCCAGCUGUGCAGUCCUACAGGUGGCAGAAAGAUGGAAACAGCAUCGCUGAUGCCAACAGCCUUGUCUACCGAGUUAUUGCAACAGAUUCCAACAGCUAUGGCGUGUAUACGUGUUAUGCUACCAACACCAUUGGGGAGUCAUCCGCAAUCACCUACACUGUGUCGUCAGGUGACGUGACCACAACUGUUCAACCUAGUGUGGAGGCUAUCAGUACUGGCCUGAUCAUUGCUAUCGUCAUUUCUGCUCUCGUCCUGAUUCUCAUCGUCAUCAUUAUUGUCUGCUGCUGUGUUACCAGAGGUGUUUGUCGAGAGGAAGCCCUUGAAAGACAGAGAGUCAUCGUUGAGAAACCAAGACAAAUGCAAUUCAUAAAUCCUGCACCGAUGAUUCUGCCCAGACAGGAGAUGAUCGCCGUGGAUGAUGGUUUCUACAGAGCUCCUACACCACAGUACCAAUUUACACCACAACUGGCCUACUAUGAGACUGAAGGAUCCCGCUCUAGUUUUAAGCGAGAUGUUUAGGUGUCUGUUAGAAGUAUAGGAAAUGUUGUCAUCAUGAGAUUAGGAUCGUCUACAUUUCAUCGUUAAUGCUCACUCAUAGCCAGCUAUCAUUUAUCAGACUACUGAUAAAUAUUGUCCAGAAGAUAUUUUUAUUUGAAUUGAAUGUAGAUUGACUCAUGAAAGGGUUGAUGUUUUAUCAAAUAGUUUUUGAUAAUAUAUAUCAAUCA